AUGUUGGACUCGGACUUAAAUUUUACAUCUAGCACAUCCGAAGAGAGCUGUACCACUUCGGAAGUAUCUCGCCUCACGCGCCAUUCGUUCUAUCACUCUGGUGCUCUGCUUCUUAAUGAUGAAGGCAUUGUGUUCGUUGGCCUGCUCGUUGGACUCGCCUCGUUGGAUUUGUGCUUUAUCCUGAAAGAACAGUUGGCGGAAUUCGACUCUGUUGUGAGUUUAUAUCACGUAUCAUUCAGAUCUUUCCUUGUUCCAGGUAUUAUAUAUAUAGGGAGAGAACAUGACCACCCAGAAUCCUGUGAAAUAGUAUUUACGUGCUGUCAGGAAGUGUUGCUGUAUAGGCGAUAUAUAUAUUGCUUAUAG